CCCUCUUGUGAGCCACCCCAACUCAUUCCAUAAACUCGGAUUUAUGCGGUCGACAGAUCUAGCAAGUUCGUCCAGCCUCUUGCCCCCGCGACCCUAGAUGACCCAAGUUGACCUUUAUAUAAGCCUUGGCCUUGAUGUGAUUUGUUUCCUGUUGACGCCCAGGGCGGGUGUGCGUUGUGUGUGUGCUACAUGUGCUGAUACGUGCGUAGGGAGAUCUGCCUGCCUGCCAUGACGUGGUGUCUUGUGGGUAAUACAGGGGCCGUUCACAUAUUGCCUCAGUCCAUGAUCUUUGUCGGACGAGACAACUGCGAGAUCAAUAUAACGUCUCGGAGCGUUGACAAACGACACUCGGUCAUCAACUUUGACAGAAGCGACGAUGCCUUCUGCAUCAAGGACAUGGAAACAUUGAACGGGACAUUUGUUAACGACACAAGAAUACCUGAUUCAACCUACAUCAGUCUACAGCGCGGGGACUCCAUUAGGUUUGGAUAUGAUCCCGUGACUUAUCGUUUUGACGAGGUGGACCCCAGCAGCGUCAGACAAUUCAAAGCCGAAGACGGAAUCAACAAACUGGAGAUCAUGGAUGGCACGGGGAAUAGCAUUGAAAAGGAGACGAAAGAUGGCGGUGAUGAAAAUGAAUACGACGAAGAAAUGAAGGAGGGCUACUCAACCAAGCCCAGCCGACAGCACAAUUCCCAGUAUGAGCCCAGAACCACAGCGGUGGAGAACAGAAUGAUGUCACACGGUAGGACAACGCCUCUCAAACAAGAGUUUUCCGUGAGUUCCCAGCCAUCCUCUCUCUACGGCCAGCCAGCAUGGUGGGGACAGGAUGAUGUCGUAAAGGGGGAGGGACCUGUGAAUGAGAUGGAGGAGGGCGGACGGAAAUCUAGGACUGGGAACCACACGGCCAAUGGAAAAGAUGCUCAUGCAUCUCCUAGUCAUCCCAGCCACAAGCACCUGGAGCGUCCCACCAGGCUUCCCCUGAACGAAGCCGAACGGGACCGGGACAUCCCCAUCCACAUGUACACCCGCCAGGCCACCGGCCUGCACCCCACCACGCCCGUCAAGCGACCCUCGACCCCCGAGCACACGGAGGUCACCCUGGUCUCUGCCUCGGAGAAGCACGUGGGCUUCACCAUCGAGUUCAACGCCAAGGAGGACGCCCCUAAGCUGUCCAUGAACGAGAGCCUGAGUGAGUUUGUGCCGGCGGGGGUCAGGAGUAAGUUUGAAGGCAGCAGCAAGAUGGUAGAGGAUAUGAAGGCUGAGAGAAUGAAGAAGAGUGUGACUGAUGACCAAGACAGCUAUCAGUCUCCACGGAUGUCACCCUCAGCUGUCCAGAAACUCAACACCAUGUGGUCCAGUGGCAAAAAGGGCAGCAAGGCCGGCCCAGGAGACUCCAGAACGGCAAAUAAUUCAGAAACCAGUAAAGGGGAUGCAGCAAAGCAGUUGAAGAUGCGACCGCUCGUGUCGCCAAGGCAACCCGUCUCCUCCAAAUCGGGCCCCGUCAAGUCCCAGUCCUCGCACGGCCCUCACAAGAAUGACGACCACCACAAUGACCAGAACGGGGACAAUGUGAGCGAGUCUGGCACCUACACCAUCGAGAGCGAGAGCCAGUCCAAAGAGGUCUUGGAAGCACGGUCCAAAAUUGACGAGGUGUUCGGAGUUGGGGCGAGCAUGGAUGCCAAGCAGGGCAGCGAUGAGGACACGGACAAGGACAUCGAGGACGAAGAAAUCCAAGAGGAAGCAGUCACCAUGGAAAGGGUCCAAACCCAGGAGAUGGACGUCGGCAAAUACUUGGACCGGGAAUAUGGCAAGCCCAGUGAACAGGGAACUGCAAAACCGCCAUUUCAGCCCAAACCUCCAGCCACUGGAUCAUCCAAUGCUCCAGCCUGGGUCAGGCAGUGGGCAGUCCUCGCUGGCAAAGACACGAGUCCCCGCGAGCCCGGCCGAUCUCCACGCAGCGACACCUCGCAGAGUCCCAGGAAUUACAGCCAGGAUGCAGGAGCCGCAGAGGAUAUGCCCAGUAGAUCCCCUCAUCAGGCUGGCCAGGGCCCCACUGCCCCACCAAGGAGAGGGGGUAAACGGCUCUUGCCCACGACCCCGCCAGAGAGGGGUGACAGACUAUCACCACAUCUGACCAGCUCGGAAGAUUCUUCCAGACCAAAUGGCUUACACGUAAGACAGUCGCCAUCAAGUGCCUUUUACAGUCCACGCAACCGAGAGGGUGUUGCCUCUUCCCAACAGGAAGAGCCAACUGCAUAUGAAACUAAUGUUUCUUGGCGGGAAUUGUCAACAGAGCCUAAACCUGCAGUAUUUGUUAGUAAACCGGUGGCAGAAGUGGGAUCUUCAUCUGCUGUGCCAGUACGCGACGAAGAGGACUUUCAUACAGAGGUUUCCAUGGACACAGAGAUCCUGUUAAAGGACACCGAAACAUUUGUGAAAAGCUUAGAAAUGCGUAUGCGUGACCGGCAGCGGUCAACUCCCUCACCAGACUUCUCAGAGUCUUAUGACCUGUCCCAUCGAUCAUUUGAUGGUGACAUCGAUACAGAUUUGGACACGGCCAGCUGUGUGAGUUUAGUAGGAACCUCUGGAGCAUACCCGCUCACGACCAACCAAGCCAGUCUUCCACCUUCUGGAUAUCAAGCAAAGAGGAGUGUUCACGACCGGAAGACGGAAUCCAAGGCCAAGACUCCUGAUGAAAAGAACAAAAAGGGAGGCAUCUGGAACCGGUUAUCCCAGCCUUCCAGAUACAAACGCAAUGAGAAAACUCCCCCAGCCCAAAGCAAAGACUCCUCAGUCACCUCAGAUGGCAUGAGCGAUUCGAUGGACUCUGCAUCAUUCCGACGAAACACCAAUAUAACAGGAUCGUUGCCAACAGGGCGUAUUACUGGCCGGAAAACCCCAAGAGAGUCUGAGAGCAAGGACAAAACUCCCAAGAUCGUAGGCAAGAUCAAGGCCAACCUCAGCAAGCCGCGGCAGACCCGGAGCACCAUGCUGCGCAAGUCACGCUUUGAUGGCAAGGACUCCCCAGGUCCGGAGCACAGCGACAUCAGCCCCAGCUCCAGUAUCUCAGACAUGAGCAGCUCCAGGAACUCUUCCAUGCUCCGACGGUCGGUCCCAUCCCAGAAGGAAUCCCUCGCCAGGUGCCAGAGCCCCAAGGAUCUUCACUCCAGGACCAAGACAGCCAGCGCAAGGAUUGACACUGGCCGACAGAGGAUCAGUAGCCGCAGCAGCGAGCAGACUCCACGGAGUGAGGUCAGCCUGGGUGCACAGAUUGUCCAGCAGGCACGCUCACAAUCCCUGAGGGAACGUAAGAUAAACUCUGGGGAGACCAGUGCCAGGAUCAUGGGCAAGGUCCAGAACUCAUCAACCCGAACAACUACAACAACAACAUCCUCCAGAAAAAGCUCUCUGAGCUCCACUGACUCUGCAGCAGUUAAGAAAGCACCCACUGGGACUUGGAGAAGAUACAAGGAGCCACCAACAGAGACUGAUGCAGUGGAUGCCUACAUCAGAACAGUCACCAGCCGCAAAUCCUCGUUAUCCAGUGCGGACGAGAGCAGUAUCAAAUCGGCGCCGGCUUACAACUACUACAAGCCCCGCAGCAACAGUAACCCCUCACAUCAGCAGCAGCAGCAGCAGCAGCAGCACAGGACGGCGAUGUCCAUGCAGCACCUGGCCGGGGCGCACUACCAGCAGCAGUGGUCCAGGCAGGAGGGCCUGCAGAAUGGCACGGCAGCGGGCGACAUCGCCCAGGCUAGCAACUCGCUGGCCGAGAAUCUGCAGAGGCUGUCUAAAGGGGAGAGCACGCUGGGAAUGGCCAUGGAGCACAUACCCAAAGAUGAGCUUCUCUUUCACUUUGUGAGAAUGAUGGAUGAGAUAUUGUCUGAAGAUACAGUGGGUGUCGGCGAGAGAGUGACUCAGAGAGAUGAGAUGGAGAACAACCACAGACAGCCGUUACAGCGAUCAACGUCGCUCGGCUACGACAACACUGGAGGCCUAUUUUCUCAGUCGCCGCCAUCUGCCCAGCCAGGCAGUCCCCCUGUGGCAAUGAAGCACAAACAGUGGACCAAACCAGAGUCAUUUGACAUGCUGGUGAUGUCUUCAAUAAAUCAUCUAUCCGUUAAACUGAAGGACUCCACGGACAAGCUAGCUUACAAACUCAAGAAACUGCAGUCUCCCAAUGCAACAGAUGCUGAGCUCCGAGAAGUCUUGAAGGAUGCCGAAUCACCGCUACUGAAGACGCAUAACAAGGAGAUAGCAAACAUCUUGAAGAAUAUGAGACAACUGGAAAAAAGACUAACAGAAAUCCACACAAUGAUUGACCCCCGGGACGCCAUUGAGCUCCCGGAGCAGCUCACCCCGGCUGCCCAGAUCCGACGCAAGUACAUCAGCGACUACGGUGCCAGCAGCACCAGCAGCAGCAGCGUGACGAUACAAGGGCCGGCGGGGGUCCAGUCCAAGGCGCAGCAGUGGGGUAAAAGCGGGCAACAAGGACCCAGCCCGGGGAAGGGUGCAAGCCCUGCUCAGACGCCUAAGUCAUCGAGGAGUGACGAGUCGGAAUAUUAUUUGUAGGAAAGCAUUGAAAAAUAUGUAUUGGUGAGGAGAAAGAGGUUGUAUUUAUACGCAUUUUAUAGUAGACCUUGAACAAUGGAACAGAGUAUAGGGUCACGAUUGGGUGAAGAUACACAGUUGGAAAUCGUUAAGAAUACCCCUGCUUCUCACUAUCACUUAAUACACCCAUGAUCCAAUGGUCGUACCGUAAACUACAGUAAAUGUUUGAAUUUGCUCCAAAUCCACUCAACCAUUUACUAUCAAAUUUGGGUUGUAUAGUGGUCAGACGACUGCAAACAGCCAUCACUUGAGCUUGCUGAAUAGCCAUGUUGACAGGAUUAUCCAUGCCCAGCUGAGAGGCCAGCUAGACUCGCAAUAAGGAUUUUACUACACAAACAUGUGGUUCUUGUCAUGGGGCUUGUGUUUGGCUAGGAUUUUCAGGGUCAAUAGUUCAACCUAAUUUAAAGGGGCACUCACAAUGUCAUUUGGCUAUGUUUGAAUGAGGAACUUGUGAAAUAUGAAACGUUUGACCGAAAAAUGUCGGAGUAAUUGAACAAUUAAGAAACCCGGACGUGAUUUUAGAGCACAAUCAGUCAGCAGAGAGUUUUUUAACCAACUAAGGUUCUUCCCAAAAAAUAUAAACAAUAAGAGGUCGGGGGAGGUGUUAUGAAACCUUGGCUUAACUCCAGCUUUGGCUUCUUAUGUGACAUCUCAAAUUAUUUAGAAACCAUUAAUCAUGUUCAACGCUUAAACUAAUUGGACAUUCUAAGUUUCGGGCCUCAUUAUAGGGUUUGAUGCCACUAAAAACAGAACAUUUGACCAGUGCCCAGUGGCUCUGAAAAUUUCCCACUUACUGUAGCUGCAAAUUCCGUGCUUACAAGUAAGCGCACAAUUUCACAGGUUUGCGAGUUUUGGCUUACGCGGAAUUUCGCAUACAUGUGUGCAUACAUUGUGCAUCCCGUAACGAAGGAUUCUGUACUAACGUGGUUAGCACAGAAUAUUUUGACUAGCGCUGUUAGCAGAGAAUGGCGAUUGUAAGCGUGGCAUUCUGUUGUUAUCAGAGCCGUGAUAUUGGGCCUAGAUCCCAUCAAAUACAUCUAAAUGUUGAGGACCUUUUUUCCCUAGCAGUUUUGAUAUGCCAAUGUAACAGUGUUCCGUGUACUUUCAUUGUGAUAACACGUAUCACUCACUCAAUUCGACAUCUGUAUGUGACAGAUAUUAUGUCUGUAAUUUCCAUUGGGUAAAAAUUGUAAAAGAAAAAAAAUAAUAGUUACAACUUACUGAACGAUAUGCAUAUUGCCUGCAAACCGUGACUCAUUUUGUUGGGUUUGGUUACAGAGUUGGGGUUUUGAUGCACCCAGUGUUGGACUGACAUAAAAACUAGUCGAAUGGAAUACAAUUUUUUUUCAACAAAGUUGUUUGUCUUUAUCUUGAAGGGGGGAUGGGGAAUAGUUAGUGCUCAUAUGUAUGCGGCAAAGUGUGCAUUUCAAAUUACUUGAACCUUUCAAAAUGUUGAAAGAAUGCUAAAGUAGCAUUAAAGUUGCAUAUAUGAAAACCUAAAAGUUCCAAACUAACUUUAUGCCUAACAAAAUACAUCAAUUGAAUCUCUGCUAAAAUACACAUAGGUUUGCAAAGUUGUGUAUAGCAAAAGCUCUCGCACAACUUGAGCACUUGUCGGUUUUUCAAAUUGUAGAUAGCACUGCUUGUACAGAUGCCUUACAUAAGAUUGUUAGAUUAUUCCUAAAUGAUAGUGAAUACAUCUACUCAUUCAUAAAAGAAAUUGCUGUACAACCACCAAAAAUAAAGUUUAUGAGAAAACUUGCUGGACCAAUCUCAAAAGAGGGGUAAAAGAUUGAUGACGACUUCGAGAUCUUGUAGAUAACAAAUCCUGCUGCUUGAUACAACGAUUAUUUGGUCACUAAUAUUGUUGGGUCCCGACUGUGUGAUGUAGCACUUCAUGGCCCAAGGAAACGGUUCGUGGAUUAUGCAAGUUAAAGUAGCUGACUCCAUGCAGUUUUUAGAGUUUCAUCCCGAAAAAUAGAUUUUGAUUUUAAAUUGCUAUUUUUUUAGCAGUACAAAAAUUAUUCACUUUUAAUGAGACAUCAAACAAGAUAUCUGAUUAUUAUUGUCACAAAUUUUGACUUAUUUGUGGACAGACAAUAAUCCAUGCGUAUCUUUAUGUGCCAUAUGGGUGCAAAGGCAACUCAAAAUAAAAGUGUAUCUUAAAAGCAUUGACAUUUUCAAAUAUAAAAAAAGUUUAUCUGUUUAAAUAAAACAUACAAAUUUAAAAUUUGUUAGGAUAAAAAAAUCAAAUAAAUUAAAGGGAACGGCUAGAGCAACUGUAACCCUAACCUUACCAAAUCCCCCUAAAAUCGUCUUUGCAGAAUGGAGGAUUUUGCAGGAUUGAGGCUAUAUGGCACAAGUGUGUGGCUGAUUUUGAGGAUGCACUGUGUCAAGGUCUUGGGCUGGACCUUGUGUUGUUAAUGCUCAGCUUUGCAUAAAUGUAAGUCUAGAUUAUACUUGAAAUCCUCCACACUGCUGCAGGAUGUCACUGGCUCUGCCUCAACACAUUGACAGCGAUUGCUGGAGGAUUUUGCUGGAUUGAGGCAGUGGUCACCCCUCCGAGGACCACAUUCAAGAAAUAGCGGACGAUUUUGGAGGAUUGAGGCUGGAUGCAAUUUUUUUACAUGGAGGCAGUUGGAGGAUUUGCAGGAUUGAGGUUGCAUCCCAGCAAAAAUGCCCAGGGAGUUAAAUGAAGUCAAGGGAAAUGGACCUAUUAAAGCAAAACAAGCAACUGCUUUUCCAUAUAUACUGUAAAGAAGUUCCUGUAUGUACAUGUACAGUUAUAGUUAUAUUUAUGCAUGCCCGCUGGUGUGAAAUUACAGCUUUUUAAAUAAGGUGCCUUGUGUGCAAGUUCAUCCCUCCAUUAACUGAGCAAAAUUGCUACCGAAAUGCAAUAAUUAUAAUUUGCCCGAGUUGUCUUGGCUAGUUGACUUCCAGUUUGUGGAUAAAA